UCGAUUCUAAAUCGUAGACGCCGGCGCCGUUUUUAUUGUGAUCCGAUUUGGCUCCUGCAUUGUCGCCGCGACAGGUUGAAUUUCUAACUGACAACGUCACAUGAAAAGUCGUGUCUCGCCCUCAACAGCAGCAAUUCAAGUCAAGCGAAUUUUGAGCCAGGACUGCAUACGUUUGUAAGCGAAGUCCUGCGCGCGCUGAAGAUUGCACUGGUGCACACAACGCACGUGAUUAGAGGACGAGGCCCGUUUAAUUGAACCGAGCGGACCUUCAGUCUGCGUCCUUGACAUCGAGAUAAACACCAGAAUCGAAGGACGCGCAAUGAUGCUUCGCGGACCAGCCGUCGCCCUCACCGAGUACGAGGACAACAUCAACUUCGACCUCGACGACCCUGACUUUGGCACCAACGAAAACUGCAGAUCCUCCAGUCCGGCCCUGCUCGGCAUGGGACUGCGAAGAGGCAGCCGAAGCAGCAGUUACGGAUCCUCGGCGAGUCUGGUAACCUUGGAGCUGCCAACCACCCGUGAACGUCGCUGCAGUGGUAGCAGUUGCGCUUCGUUCGAUGGCGAUUUGGCCUACCUGAGCAUCGAAUCACUCCGCUCGCACCUCAGCUCGUGCUUCACGUGUGGUGUGAGCUGGGUGGAGGAGCAUGUGUCACUUGACUGCCCUGAGUGCGGAGGCUACUCCAUGGAGAGGCCUUGCCCAAACUGCGAUGGAAACUGUGAAGCCACCUGGACAAGAGAUUUUGCCUCGAGUCACGCGUCUGGCAAGGCUCGCUGGGAGGGAGUGUGUAGCUACAACAACAACAACCAGAGCUCGCAAGACGCGAAUACGCAGCCCCGCAUCAUCCUGCGUUCGAUCGUGGACCUGACCAUUUCGGACAACAAGCCGAUGUCAGAGAAGAAGACGUCCUCGUGACCAUGGCAGCCGUGAAUAGUGCCCAAAUGACUACUACUUGCAGAGUGACACGCGCAGUUACUUACUCGCGCAAGAACGACAUGUGUACAUUUAACCGUUAGAAUUAAAGAAGCGAAGGAAGAAAAUUAUGAAACAUAUUGUGCGCUCAAUGCACAUGUUCAUCAGUUCCUUUUGACUUUUAAAGUGUAUGGUUUUCGUUUGAAAAGAAAAAUUUGGGAGCCUUUUGCCCAUUUCGGAAUUUCUUAUCAUUAGUUUCUCAGCCAAAAUGAGGGCAAAGGUUUGACAUCAGGCAAAAAAUAGUAUCCUUCGUGGGGACCAAUAAUUGUUAUUAUUGUGGUGUCUGUUCGCUUUUAGUGAAGCAGAUUUUUGUCUCGAGCGUCUGUGAGCACACAUGUUUAAGAAUGCUAGCUGGAACCGUGAGAGAUCUGACUUGCGCGUGGGCUGGAACGUGCGGCCCUAAAAUACUUUGCUUGAGACUGGAUAAGAUUAGGGGAAAAGUCAGAUUGUUGCAUGCAUCAUGAGAUAACAAACCAUCUCUCACUUUGGCAGCAAUUGCGGGUGCGAAGAACAACUUCGUUUGAAUGCACAGAUUUGCCAGGAUAUUCUGCUCAAAUCUUAGUUUUGUGUAUCUUUUGAUAACUACGAAAUUGUAUACUGAAACGCCUGAUCCUAGAAAAGACGUUUAUAUCCAUAUAAGCCAAGAGAUUUAACAUCCUUCACCUUUCACCUACUAUAAUAUGUCGUUACUGAAAAUCAAACUGGUAUUGAAUUCACUUGUGUCAAAGAUUAUAAUACGAAGAAAGAUGAUUUAUUAUACAUAAAAUGAUUGAAUAAAGAUAUAUCUAGAUAAUGAUAAACUA